AUGCCAUCCAAGAAGCUGCCGCCCCGGCCAGCGCAGCAGAAGCCGCAAUCGCCCACGCCACAGCAGAAACCGCAAACACCACAAAGUGCACCUAAACCCCAACCCAACAAUUUAUCUCCCACUCCCACCUGUCAACCCGUCAUCCCAGACUACGAAGUGAAGCAGAGCUCGUCCGUGAGCGCCCAGCUCGCCCUCCAGGCAGCCAAGAAAGCCUACGAACUCCGGCAGGCCGCGUACGGUGCCGCCGACCCAAACGCCCGCGAAGAGAUCCUGGCCAAGGCUAUCAACAAGGAAAUCGAGGCCGAAUCGUUCGGCAAAGCCGCCAAAUAUACCCGCUCGGGCGCCUUUCAGGGCCUUGCCGCCGGUGCAGGCCUCGGCGUCCAACCGGGCGUCACCCUGGGCAAACUGACCGGCGCGCUGGUCGGCGGCGUGGUGGCGUCGGCGGGCGCUGUGGUGGGCGGGGGAAUUGGAUCCGCAUACGGCGCCAUCAGUGGUCCGUUCUGGGAUCUGGGCCAGAUGGCCAGCCAUGGCGUACGGAGCAUUAUCGGCGACUUUCCGAACUGGGAGGCCACGUCGAGCCAGAAGAAGGCGCUGGAGAAGAUGGUCAUGGGGGCCCAACAGACCAAGGUGCCGACCCAGGAAGAAUUGGAGGAGAUGCGAGACGACGACGGCGGCGUUCGGGAUCAGGAGGACCUCCAGCAUUGGGUCAGCGAUUUGACAAGCUACAUCCCCAGCAUGCCAUCGAUGCCGAAAAUGCCGAAAAUGCCGUCAAUGCCCUCGAUGCCAGGGCUGUGGGGACAAUCGAAAGGGAACAAUAACCCUCCGCCAGCGGGGAGCCAGUCGAAGCCAACAACAGCAUCGAAUCAGAGUCCGCGGCCAAAAGCAGCUGCAAACCCUUCAGCGCUGCCAAAGCCUCAACACGCUCCUAUCAAAGCGCCCAGUCCGACGUCCAAAUCGCAAUCCCCACUGAAGGCAGACGAGAAUGCCCCAAGAAGGAAGCCGCCCAAGCUGGAACCCAGAUCGACAGGAACCACUUCACCGUCGAGCCAAUCGGCCACUCGUAGAAAGCCGCCCAAAUUGGAGACGCGAUCAAAACCGGCCACGGCGAACGCAUGA